AUGAAGAGAGCGGAUCGUUUACGAGAGCAUAAGUUAGACGAAGUGGUUGUCGUUAUGAACCAGCAAAAUGAUGAUGUACAACGGCGCCAAAUUGAAGAGGCUGAUGAUGUGGUUACUGAGAAAUGCAAAAUUUUGGCUGAUUUAUUGAAGAAGUCAAAAUGUACUGUCGUUUAUACUGGAGCCGGUAUCAGCACGGCAGCAUCAAUACCAGAUUAUCGUGGUCCUAAUGGUGUUUGGACCUUGGCUGAAAAAGGAAUCGUAUCUUUCAAAUGUGCAAAUCCAGUGGAAUCAGGGCCAACUGCAAGUCAUAUGGUAUUGAAAGAAAUGUGUCGGAGUGGACUGGUGCGUCAUAUAUUAUCACAGAAUUGCGAUGGUCUUCAUUUGCGUUCAGGUUUACCACAAAAAAUGCUUUCUGAAAUCCACGGGAACAUGCAUAUUGAAGUAUGCCAACAUUGUGAACCACCACGGCAAUAUGUUCGACCUUUCGAUGUCACUGAAAAAAGUCAGUUUAGGCGUCAUGGUACUGGCCGCAUGUGUGUUGUGUGCAAUAAUGAAUUAACAGAUACAAUUGUGCAUUUUGGCGAGGCUGGUAAGGUACCAUGGCCGUUAAACUGGAAUGGAAUUAUUUCCUUAAUUGAUCGAUGUGAUCUCAUAUUGUGUAUAGGAACAAGUUUAGCUGUCCUCAAAGAAUAUCAUUUUUUGUGGCCAAAAUCAAAAAGUGGCACACAGAUAGCUAUUAUAAAUCUGCAAUGGACACCAAAAGAUAGGUUAUCCUGCUUAAAAAUUAAUGCAAAAUGCGACGUCGUCAUGGAAAAACUGGCAGGCUUUCUCGGAAUUCCAGUUAAUCGUUAUUGCCGGAACUGUGAUCCGGUGCUUAAUCCAAAACGAAGUGUACGUGUUUGGGAGUUAAGAGAACGUUUAACGGAUUGUACUUGUCGAAAUCGUAUAUCACGUGCAACUGUUCAACAGCAACCUUCAAAGGGUAUUCCUGGAUGGACUCAACGUUAUGCGCGUAGUUCAGUGCAUUUUGUAGCAUCUCGUGGAAGCUCUGGAAAACGCCAUUGCUCGAACAACUUCCAUCGCAAUGAUUUCUCAGAUGCCGCUUGUGAUUCAAUUUCGGGAAGUUCAAGCGAUACAAAGAACAUCUUAGAUAACACGCUGUUGUCAACAAAAGGACAAAGCAGCGAAUCAGUGAAUGAAAAAGAAAUAUUGCCAAGUAGCAGCAAAAUAAAUCCAAAAAUUUUUACCAAAGAGAAUUCUAACGAUUUAUCGGAAAAUUCUCCUGAAACAUCAGGUAAGGAUGAGAAUGUUGUGGAUCCAGCAGUUGCAGAGUGUUUAUGUAGUAUUUUAUUGUCGCUUAAAAAGGAGCCAAAUUCGUUAUCAGUAGCUUCAGAGGUGCAAAACGUGGUACAUAACACCAUAUCCGUUUGCACAUAG